UCUAGCUUACAGGCAAGUGCUGCGUUCGUUUGUGAAAUUCAACAACAACACAUUGUGCAUUUCGUUUUUUUACGAAUUGUGAAAUAUAUUUAAAAACCGGUAAAAUAUAAAGAAAACGCAUCGAAAUGUCGCGUCACAGAAUAGUACGCGGCAUGGACUACAACGAUGAGUACGAUGGCUAUGACGAUGUCUACGGCCAUUCAGUUGACGACGAUUGCGUUUCGCCGACAGAUCAACAAUGGCUCUAUGAUCGAGCUCGUGGCCAACAAAGUAUGUCGGCUUUCAUCAGCAAAAACAAAAACAUCGAGGAGGAGGCAGAGGCCGAGGAUGACGAUGAUGAGGCGUAUCAGAAGGCACGACGCGAUUCCGAAAGUUUCCAAAUGCCCGAACUCGAUGAAAUGGAGCAGGCGAAGCUCAGCUCCUGUGUGGACGAGGUGCGCAGCGUGGUCGGCGACGCGGUGUCCGAGCGUCGCAUUGUAGAAACCUCGAUGCGUUUUGACUACAACAUACAACAAAUACUCGAUGAGAUUCUCAACGACGAGACGAAUAAAAAGGAGAAGGAGAAAGAGCUGGAGAAACGACCACAAAAACUCAAAAUAACGGCACCAAAAACUGCACUGAUUACAACCACGCCCAAGCCGACGCCCACCAAGAUUACGCUGGCCGCCCAAAAGGACGCGCGUCGUGGCUUUGACAUUGCAUCGCCCAAAGCGCCUGCCUCGCCUGUUGUCUCCGGUCGGAAUACGCCUGUAGAUGGCGGCGAUGAGGCAACUCGCAGCUCAGCCAUUAACGCCAGCUUUAAGAUCUCCAAGGAUCAGGCACAGCGCAAUGCCCAACAAUUGUAUUCGCUGGAGCGAUCCACGCAAAAGAGUCACAUUCAUAUGAUUGUCAUUGGCCAUGUGGAUGCGGGGAAGAGCACGUUGAUGGGGCAUCUGCUAUACGAUACUGGUAACGUAUCGCAGCGUGUGAUGCAUAAGCACGAGCAAGAAUCGAAGAAGCUGGGCAAGCAGAGUUUCAUGUACGCCUGGGUCCUGGACGAGACAGGUGAGGAGCGGGCACGUGGCAUCACCAUGGACGUGGGACAGUCGCGUAUUGAGACAGCGACUAAAAUUGUCACGCUGCUGGAUGCUCCGGGGCACAAGGAUUUUAUACCCAACAUGAUAUCGGGAGCAACACAAGCGGAUGUCGCGCUGCUUGUUGUGGAUGCCACACGUGGCGAAUUCGAGUCGGGAUUUGAGUUGGGCGGACAGACGCGAGAGCAUGCAAUAUUGGUGCGUUCGCUGGGCGUUAAUCAACUGGGCGUGGUCAUUAACAAACUUGACACUGUCGGCUGGUCGGAAGAACGCUUUCAGGAGAUUGUACACAAGCUAAAAGCGUUCCUCAAGCAGGCCGGCUUCAAGGAGUCGGACGUUAGCUUCACUCCAUGUUCGGGCUUGACGGGCGAGAAUCUCACCAAACGCGCCCAGGAGCCGGCAUUAAAGUCGUGGUACAGCGGUUCCCACCUUCUGGAUGUUAUUGAACACUUCAAGGUGCCAGAGCGUGCCAUUGAUCGACCCUUGCGCAUGUCUGUGUCGGACAUUUAUAAGGGCACCGGAUCGGGUUUCUGCAUCUCUGGACGCAUUGAGACAGGCGUGCUGUGCUUGAAUGACAAGGUGCUGGUAGGAGCGAGUCGGGAGCAGGCGCAAGUGAAAGCGCUCACCAUGGAUGAAUUGACGCAAACAAGCGUUUUUGCCGGCGAUCAGAUCUCUGUAACACUCGCUGGGGUGGACAUCAAUAACAUUACGGUCGGUUGCAUCAUUUGUGAUCCACAGUUGCCAAUACCGGUGACAACGCGCUUCCAGUGUCGUAUCAUCGUUUUCAAUGUGAAGGUGCCGAUCACGAUGGGUUAUCCGGUGCUGUUGCAUCAUCAAUCGCUCAUCGAACCGGCUGUGGUGUGUAAAUUGACGGCAUCCAUACACAAGAGCACCGGCGAGGUGGUCAAGAAAAAGCCACGUUGCCUGGGCAACAAUUCGUGCGCUCUCGUCGAGGUAGAGACGUCUCGACCGAUUUGCAUUGAACGCUAUUCGGACUUUAAGGAACUUGGACGUGUAAUGUUACGGGUGGCUGGUGUCACGAUUGCUGCUGGCAUGGUCACGAAGAUUCGUUAAGCUUGCUUCUUUUCUUUUUUACUUGUACGAAAUUUUAGUUAGCCUUAGUUUUGUUUUUGUUGUUAAUAAAAACAGUUGAGAUUCCGUCACGAGCCACAAUUCAAAAAAACGUUUCUUUUAUCUAGGGUAUUUAUCGAAUGUCACUGCACUCGGUAUGGCAACACUGGAAAUAAAUCACUCGAGCUGUGUGACAGCUUAUGGUGCAAGGUGUCACAUGAUUAGUACAAAUUUUUCUAUGAUAUUAAGGAUUUUUUGAUAUUGAUAAAUAUCAUAUUUAAAGGGGAUCCUAUCGUAAAUGUUCACAUAUCUGAACAUAAAGAUGUAACCAUGUAGUGGUAAAGGAUUGGCAUUUUUCGUACAUAGUCUGGACGCAUAUUAGUAUAUUUUAAUAUUUAAGUGAGGUCACACUGCAUUGUAGAGCGUGAGAGCGAGCUAGCAAGAGAAGCGCCUAAGCCGAAAAAAAGUUAUCUGCUUCCCCCUUAGAAUUAAAUAUUGUUAUCAAUAAAAUAUUGCACAUUUCGCGAGUUGUGGCAUUUUAUCUUGCACACGCAUACAAACAUCCAUACAAACGAACCCGCAAAUCGUGUGAAAAUCUGCACAGACAACAACAGUUUUUUGUGCGCAUCAAACAAGUGCGUACUCUGAGUACUCAGCAGACUCUGCAAUCAUUGUUGCACGGCAACACAGCAACAACAACAACAGAUAUCAAUUGUAUGUAAAACGGAAGUUGUUGUCGUAGUCAGCAGAGAGAGCGAGCGAGUGAGAGAGAGUGAGUGUCGCGGAAGAGGCGGCAGGGCAGUACAUUUUUAUUUAUCGCCACACACCGAAAGAACGAAAGCAACAA